AUGGAUAACAUAGAUAAAAAGUGGUGGAUGCUUCAAAGAUGGAGCGAUGAAUAUGAAGAAGGAGUUGAGGAGUACAUUAGUAAGGCUUUUGCUAUUAAAGCACAAGGGAACCAGAUUUGUUGUCCUUGCAAUGUUUGUCAUUAUCGUUAUUGGCAGUAUAGAAAUGUUGUUAGGGAUCAUAUCAUUGUUAAUGGUUUUGUUCCCAGAAGUGAUAAGUUGUUAGACUUAGAUAUAAAUAUUGAAAAAGAACCGGAUGUGACAGAAGAACAUGAUGCGAUAUUAGACACGAAUGAUGACAUAGAGGGGUUGUUGCAUGAUACAAUGAGAGAAGGGCCGAAUGAAGAUGCAAAGAAGUUUUAUAGAUUAAUAGAAGAAGGUCAACAAGAAUUAUAUCCAGGUUGCAAGAAAUUUUCCAAACUGUCCUUUCUUAUUCAUCUAUUUAUAUACAAGUGUGACCAUAAGUUGAGCAAUGUAGCAAUGUCGGCUUUGUUAGGAAUAUUUAGAGACACGCUACCAGAUGCAAAUUUGCCCAAGUCUUUUAAUGAAGCAAAAAAUGUUUUAAGAGUUUUAGGGCUAGAUUGUCAGAAGAUUGAUGCAUGCCCUAAUGACUGCAUGUUGUAUUGGGAGGAGCACGCAAAUGCAACAAGUUGUUCUGUUUGCAAGACUUCAAGGUGGAAAGUAACUAAUAAAGAAAAGACUAAUGGGAAGGAUUAUAAAAUUCCUGCUAAAAUUCUAAGGUAUUUUCCAAUUAAGAAAAGGUUGCAAAGGUUAUUUAUGUGUCCGGAAACUGCAAAGUACAUGAUAUGGCAUAAAACGAAUGAUUCAGAAGAUGAGCUUUUACAGCAUCCAAGGGAUGGUGAAGCAUGGAAAACAUUUGACAAGAGAUAUCCAGACUUUGCCAAAGAUGCUCGUAGUGUGAGGCUUGGGUUAGCUUCAGACGGGUUUAACCCAUUCCACAAUAUGAGCAUUGUACAUAAUUUACCUGGAAAGAGCAAAGAUCAUGCUAAUGUUCGUCAAGAUUUGAAAGCCCUAAAUUGGAUGCCUGAACUUCAUCCUCAAUUACUAGAAGAUGGUAAGGAAGUAUUUCCAAAAUCACGCUUUUCGAUGUCAUUAGAAGAGAAGCGAUUGUUUUGCCAGGUCAUUAAAAAUGCAAAGCUACCACUUGGAUAUGCUUCAAAUAUGCUCGAUGUGUGCAAGUUGGUGAAAGGAAGAUCACUGGAUAUAAGAGUCAUGAUGCUCAUUUUCUAA